AUGGAUACAGAAGAUGAUAUCAUCGAAGACAACUUUGCCAGGAAUCGCAAAAACAAAGAAAAGCCCCCUUUAUGGGAUUCGUUUCAAGAUCCACCAUCAAAGAAGGCUACUGGCUCUGCGGCAAGUUGGAACAAACUGGGAUUUAUUUUAAAGCUCUUCAAACUUUUUACGUACAUUUUUGUAUUUGCCCUCAUCCUGGCCACGGCUGUUGUUUCGAAAAUCGCAUUCAUUUUUAUGGUGGCUCAAGUUCAACCGCAUCGAAGUGUUAAAUAUUGCAACAUUGUAGCUCGAAAUGAUAAUUAUAUUGUCAGAUUACCCAACGCAGAACACAUUGUGUGGAUAUGGGGUUUGGUAUUUUCUUUCGCCGCUCCCGAAAUGUUCACAUUUUUUCGUUCCCUGCGCAUUUGUAUAUUUAAGGAUGUCAAAUCAUCGACGUGGCCAGAAGUCUUACUAGUGGUUUCCUUUGAAUUACUUCAUGUAAUCGGAUUGGCCAUAUUGACAUUUUACGUUUUGGCAUAUAUGGAUUCGGUAAAAGCGUUGAUGUUAUGCAGCAGUGUUUGUUUUACGCCGGCCAUUUUAAACAUUCUGGUUGGCACCCGAAAACACUGGAAAUCUAUCGUUAUCUACACGAUUAGUAUUUUAGCCGUAAUAUCACAGGCAACGGCAUUUGUGGUUUGGCCAUCCCUCGUCAAUUCGAUGCAUGUACAAAUAUUAGCUAUACCCUUGAUACUGAUUUCAAUGCGUUGGUGGGAAAAUUACAUCAAUUCCUAUUCUAGCAUUGCCAACUUGAUUAAAAUGGUUCGUCGUACCAAAUCACGCUAUCACACGUAUUUGUAUUUGUCACCGCUGAAAAUUAUUCUAUUCGCUGCAAUUGCGUUUAGUGUCCAUGACCUGCCAAUCUCUCAAUAUUUUUCAAUGUUUACCCAAGCGUGGAAUCCGCACGAUAUACCAGUGAAAAGGGUCGAUGUGGAUGCUACACAUUUAUUAACGAAUUCAUCGGUUAUUUUAUCAAAAGCUAGUGAAUCGUUCACCAUCAAAUCAGAUACGAAUGUCCCCAUCUUGAUGGUACUCGCACAGGUGCUGUCAUCGUACUUGUGUUAUAUAUUUGCCAAAUUUGCAUGUAAAAUAAAAAUCCAAGAAUUCAGUUUCGCUCUGCCCCUAAGUUUAGCUACACCAUUGGCUGUGUUUGCCACUGCCUCACUAACAUGGCUGCGGGAGUCAAAUGUUUGUUCCCUUACCGGCUACUUGCCAUCGUACUUGGCAUUAAAAGCUGUUUCGGAUGGGUCAACAGGGGAUGGCGGUUAUGGCAACAUUUCGGACAUCAUGAAUAAAAUUGUUGUAGAACACCUUUGGAUUUGGCUACUGUGGUGGCUCUCACAGCUCUGGGUAACACAUCAUGUUUGGCGUCCGAAAAACGACAAAAACCUUCCUACCGAGAAGCUGUUCAUUUGUCCGUGGUAUUGUGGCUUUUUGGUAGAACAAUGUAUAACAAUGAAUAGACGUAUUGUGGAUUGGAACGAAGAGUACUUAUCAAUUAAGGCGGGCAGUAAAAAAUCCUACAAUGGAAAUGAGGCGACGGAUAUUUUGGAAUCGGAUAAAAUUGCACAACUUAUUGUUUGUGCAACAAUGUGGCAUGAAACCAUGGAUGAAAUGAUGGAGUUUUUAAAGUCCAUUGUCCGUCUAGAUGAAGAUCAAUGUGCCAGACGUAUGGCCAAAAUUCAUAUCAACAAUGGCAAGCCGGAUGAAGGAUAUUACGAAUUGGAAACUAAUAUAUUUUUUGACGAUGCUUUCAUAUUGGAUGACAAAUAUGUGGAAAAUCCCAAAAAUCCUCCCCUCAAUGAAUAUGUGAAGCUACUGAUUACCAGCAUCGACAAGGCUGCGUUCGAAGUGUAUGGCGUUAACAUUAAGAUCAAGCCACCCGUAAAAAUUGAAACACCUUACGGCGGUCGGUUAGUAUGGACUCUGCCCGGGCGCAGCAAACUCAUUGCUCAUCUGAAAAACAAGGACAAGAUACGUCACAAAAAACGCUGGUCACAAGUCAUGUAUAUGUACUAUUUGUUGGGUUUUCGUAUAAUGGAAUUGGAAAAUGUGUCGGCGAAGCGUAAAGCCGUAAUAGCAGAAAACACUUUUUUGCUGGCACUCGAUGGUGACAUUGAUUUUCAGCCACAGGCUGUACAGCUGCUGAUAGACCGUAUGAAGGCUAUCGAUGAACUGGGUGCUGCCUGCGGUCGCAUUCAUCCAGUUGGCCGGGGACCUAUGGUUUGGUAUCAAAUCUUCGAGUAUGCCAUUGGUCAUUGGCUGCAAAAAGCUACAGAGCACGUCAUUGGCUGCGUUCUUUGCAGUCCCGGUUGUUUUAGUCUAUUCCGUGGCAGCGCCUUGAUGGAAAAUAGUGUGAUGAAAAAAUAUACCACGGUAUCUCAGGAACCUAUGCAUUAUGUCCAAUACGAUCAAGGGGAGGAUCGUUGGCUCUGUACACUAAUUCUUAAACAAGGCUUACGUGUUGAAUACUCUGCAGCUUCCGAUGCUUACACUCAUUCACCUGAAAUUUUUAACGAAUUCUAUAAUCAACGUCGUCGCUGGGUACCAUCCACAAUAGCAAAUAUUUUUGAUUUACUUUCGGAUGCCGAAAUGGUGGUGAAGAACAACAGUUCCAUAUCUCGACCAUAUAUAUUCUAUCAGGCCAUGUUAAUGGUCGGUACCAUACUCGGUCCCGGUACAAUUUUUCUAAUGAUGAUCGGUUCAUUUGUCACGGUAUUUAGUACGGGCAUUUGGACAUCAUUUCUGUGGAAUUUCAUUCCAUUGUUGGCAUUUAUUCUCUCGUGUAUUUAUUUGAAGCAAAAAUAUCAGCUACUGUUGGCAUUUGUCAUUAGUGCAGUAUAUUGCCUAGUAAUGAUGGCUGUACUUAUCGGAAUUAUAAUACAAAUGAUAGAUGAUGGUCCAUUGGCUCCAGCUUCCUUGUUUUUCAUUUUGGUAUUUUUACAAAUAUUUAUUGCAGGAAUUAUGCACCCACAAGAAGCCGGUGCCCUUGUUUGCGGUUUAAUUUACUACAUAACCAUACCAUCCAUGUACAUGUUACUACUCAUCUAUUCCGUAUUCAAUAUGAAUGAUGUAUCCUGGGGAACACGUGAGGUAGCUCCCAAAAAGGACGAUGAGACAACGCAGCAAGACGAGGAAAACACAGGCAAAGAAUAUUUACCAGGAUGGAUAAAUGACCCCUUACUUGUUGACUCUCAACUGGGUGAAAUAUCAUUGCGUGAGAAACGUUUCUGGAAGGACUUAAUUAAAUUAUAUUUGAAACCCAUGUUUCACACAAAAGAGAAAAAGGCAGAGAUUGCGGACAGUCUACGCGAACUGCGAAAUAUGUUUGCAUUUGCUUUCGUUAUGAUUAAUGCAAUUUUUGUUUUAAUCGUAUUCUUGCUACAACUGAAAAAGGAUUAUUUGCAUUUGGAAUGGCCUAUUGACCCCGAGGAUUUUAUAACAUAUGAUGCAGAUAAUUCACAAAUAUUUAUAUAUCGACAAUACAAACAUCUGGAUCCAAUUGGUUUCUGUUUUGUUAUUUUCUUUGGCAUCAUUCUUAUUAUACAAUUUAUCGCAAUGUUCUUUCAUCGGUUUGCUACAAUUUCACAACUAUUAGCCACAACCAAAUUAGAUUGGCUGAGAGCAUCGAGUUCGAUAACGGACGAAGAUGCGGCACAGGAAAUUCGAGGGAAUGCUGUUCAUAUUGCACGUCAACUGCAACGACCGAAACGUCUUGACGAUGAUGAUGAAGACGAGAACGGCAGUGGCAGUAAAUGUAACAACUGGGACGAGGGAUCGGAGAAUCACAUGACGCGGCGUUCAACAGUAUUCAAGUUGCAUGAAAAUCGUAAUAAGAACCAGUAUGAUUACAGUGAUUUGCCACGAAAUUUCGAGCGUCGAUUUUUGGGAGAUGAUGAUAUCAGUGUCAAGCACAUAUCCAUGAGUCGCAAAUCCUUGAUGCUCCUUAAUGAGACACGUUUCGUAGCCAAGCGACGUCUUACUCAGCAAACACAUCGCAACACUGUUUUGAAUAGGAAUCCCCUGCAAGGAUUUGAUAAUGAUGCCUUUGAAACGUCGAACACAUAA